CUGACCUGUUGUUGUUGUUGUUGUUGUGUCCCAGCCGGUCUCCCUGCUGAGAUCGGGAAGCUGAAGAAGCUGGAGACUCUGAGUCUGAGUGGGAACCGGAUCCAGCAGCUGCCCCCCACGCUGGGCCAGCUCAGAGCGCUCCGAACCCUCAACCUGUCGGGGAACCAGAUCCUGGAGUUCCCCCCCGGCCUGGGGACCCUGAGGCACCUGGACCUGCUGGACCUGUCCCGCAACCAGAUCAGGAGCGUCCCCCCCACCGUGUCGGAGCUGCAGACCAUCGAGCUCAACCUAAACCAGAACCAGAUCUCGGUGCUGUCUUCGGAGGUGUCCCGCUGUCCCCGUCUGAAGGUCCUCCGUCUGGAGGAGAACUGUCUGGAGCUGUCCUCCGUCCCGACGUCCGUCCUCAGCGACUCUCAGGUGUCCCUGUUCUCCGUGGAGGGGAACCUGUUCGAGGUGAAGAACCUCCGAGACCUGGAGGGCUACGACAAGUACAUGGAGCGCUUCACCGCCACCAAGAAGAAGUUCGCCUGAAGACGCCCGGUGGUCCUCGGUGACACCGAUGCCGCUGCUGCUUCUUCUUCUACAGCUAAAAUCAGAGUUCACACAGCCGCAAGACCCCCCCCCCCCUCGUCCCUCCCUGCUUCUGGACAGAGACACUGAGAGAGAGAAAGGGACAGACAGAUGGACGGGCACACACACACACA